CAAUAAGCACCAAAGAAGAAAAGAAAGAAGACUUGUAGAAGAAAAAGGAAGUCUACCUCUAUUCUCAAUAUUCCUGUGAUAGUAGUAAACCUAGAUAAAGUAUGGAGAGCCCGGAGCUAACUUUUACUUUGGCUUACAUAGUGUUCUCUCUCUGCUUCGUGUUCACGCCCACCGAGUUCCGUUCGGCCGGUUUAACCAUCCAGAAUCUGUUUUCGUCCUGGCUGGGGAGUGAGGAUGUGGGCUUCGUCCAGUACCACGUCAGGAGGACCAGCAUUACCGUACUGAUCCACUCUGCACUGCCUUUAGGUUACUACAUGGGGAUGUGUAUCGCUGCUCCAGAAAAUAACCUGGGUUACAUUCACCAGGUGAGUGACAGCUGGAGAGCAUUUCUCCUCCUCUCUCUCUGCUUCCAAUUGACCAGCUGGACGCUAGUCAUCUACUGGUCCCGCCAUCACUGGCACAACCAUCCAAUCAGCCGGGUCCUGCAGGCGCACAUACAGCCUCCUCACUCCAGCUGGGGCUCCGUGGCAGCCAGCGUCAACGAUGAGUUCAGACGUAUAGAUAAGUUUGCUACAGGAGCACCUGGAGCCAGAGUUAUAGUAACUGACAGCUGGGUGUUGAAGGUGACCACCUAUCACGUGUACAUGGCCUUACAGAGUGACUGUCAUGUGACAGUGACAGAAUCCAGACAGCACCAGCUGAGUCCAGACUCGACAUCCCCCGCACAGAUCUUGACCCUGAGAGUGCACAGCAUCAACGCUGCUGUCAGAACCUUUGAUAUCAGGCUCAUCUCUACAGAGUAUGCCGAGCUCAGGGAGAAGCUCCACGCUCCCAUCAGAAACUCUGCCAACGUGGUGAUCCACCAAACCAUGAGUGAACUCUUCCUGGAAACAUUUAGAGCUCAGGUGUACCUGAAUCAACCGUACACACUCCCCAGUGGACAGGAGGUGGAGCCCUGUAUAGGUUGUAUGCAGGUUCCAGCAAGCACCAAGCUGCUCAGACUCUGCCACGCAGAAGGAGAUGAUAAUGAGUCAGAGUGCCAGCGGUGUUUCUGCAGACCCAUGUGGUGUCUGUCCUGUCUGGGUCGAUGGUUCGCCAGCCGGCAAGAUCAGCAAAGACCUGAGACCUGGUUGUCCAGCAGAGUCCCCUGUCCCACCUGUAGAGCCAAAUUCUGUAUACUGGACAUCUGUGUGGUCCACUGACCAGACACGCAUACAGAUUCAAACGGAUGUUAUUCAGCAACAUUCAGCUCCAGACCUCUGAUAGAGAAGCCGUGUGCAGGACGUUGGACUGGACUUAGUUGUUGUACCUGCUGACUCUGUGCUUUCAAUCAGGACUGAUCAUUUAGAGUAAAGACAAAGCUCGGACAAACAUUUGUUUUGAACUCCAACAUAGUGUAAAAUGGUAGAUCAAUGUGACAUUUUGGGAGAUAGGCUUGUUUGGUGUUUACCCCAGUGAGAUAGGGUGGCUGAUAUCAGAUGCCCUGAUCCCUGAGCACUCUGUAAGUAAACAUCAGAAUGUGUUUAGGUCAGCACAAAGACUGAAUUCAGGGGGAAAUCAAAGUGGAAAAAUGUGCCUUCCCACAAUUCUAUGACCAGAGCCUGUAUCCCUGUACUUCCACUUCAGAAUGCUCUAAAAAGCCAAAGUAAAACUGACUUACCUGCAUCAAGAUGUGAAAAACAUCUAAUCAGACAAAGAUUUAACUGAU